AUGAACGGGGUUAUUGAGGCGGUUCAUGUCUACGACGACAACAGAAAUGCACUGCUCUCGCACACCUACACGGGGCGACCGCUGUCGGCGGCGCACCUGUUGCCCCUCUACCUCGAGCAUCCCGCCCCGAGACCGAACCUGAUAUACCUCCCCAACACGAGCCCGCCGACCCUCGUGUUCAGCCUGUCGCACGCGAACCUGCUCCUCCUCGCCACCUCGUCGACCGAGAUCGAGCCGCUGCUCGUGCUCGAGUUCCUCCACCGCAUCGUUGAUGCCCUCGAGGACUUCCUCGGCGCCCCGCUCCUGGCCGUCAAGAUCGAGAACAACUACGACAUCGUUGCCCAAUUGCUGACGGAGAUGUGCGACGCGGGCACGAUAAGCACGACGGAACCGAAUGCCCUGCGGGAGGUCGUGGAGAUUGAGGGCUGGGUGGGCAAGCUCCUGGGGAGCAUAACCCUUCCUGGGAAAACCCCUCUCGGUAACAACUUGUCGAACCCAAGCGCGCCAUCACUCGUUGCUUCCAACACACCGGCCUUGCCAUGGAGAAGGGCAAAUGUACGGCACACAUCAAACGAAAUGUACGCCGAUGUCGUCGAGACACUGUCCGUUACGCUUGCGCCGUCAGGCAGACCCCUCGCGGCCUUUGCCAACGGGACGAUCGCCUUUACGGCCAAGGUGUCCGGGGUGCCGGACAUUACGCUCAGCCUCUCGGGCCCAUCCGGCAGACACAACCUGGCUGGCAUCGUGGAGCUGCCGGUAUUCCACCCGUGCGUCCGGUUAAAUAGGUGGAAGGAGCGGCCGGGGGAGCUGAGCUUCAUACCGCCAGACGGCCGCUUCAUUCUGGCUGGGUAUGAAGUGGACUUGCUGCCCUUUACGAGUGGCAAGAGCGGCAGCUUGAGUGCAAACAAUCUCAAGCUGCCGGUCAACCUGGACAUGAAGACGGGUCUUGGCACAGCCGGGUCCGAGUUUGAGGUCCGGCUACAAGUCAACAAGAUAUUCGGUAGCUCGAGUUCAUCAUCCGGUGGCCAGCUGGGACGCGGCAGCAACUCCGGUAGACUCGGUGGCCCACACCCAGGAACACCUGCGGCACCGUUACUGGACGACCUCAAAAUCACGAUCCCCCUACCGGACGACGUGAGGAAUCUAUCCGAUAUCCGGCCUAGCAGGGGCGACGCGAGCUUCAAUCCAGGGGAGAGGGCGCUGGAAUGGCACGUUCCGGCCAAGGAGUUGUCGGGCCCUACAUCACAUUUCGGGCUGCGAUGCACGGUGGUCGGACCGUUGGUGGACGAAGAGGAGCAAGAGUUCGACCCCAGUGGCUUCGGGUUCGGCAACGAGUAUUCGUACAGCGGGCCUUAUCAAAGCUCACCAUCGGCCAAAGCGAAGCCGCAGAAAGACGACGCGGCCGACGAGCAGGACGCGAAGCGGGUGGCACAGAACAAGAUUCUGAUGCCGAGCUCCGCAUCGGUCAGCUUCUCGGUGAAGGGGUGGUUGGCGAGCGGGCUCAAGGUGGACAGCAUCGCAAUAGACACGAGGAAGAGCCGUGGCCUAGGAGAGGGAGUGAAGCCAUACAAGGGCGUCAAGUACCUGACGGUCAGCAAGGGCGGCGUCGAGAUUCGCUGCUAG